AUGUGUUCGGGGAGAGCGCGCUUUGCAGUUGGUUCUGCGGAAUGUACUGACAGAACCGAGUCCAAUGGCAGCUCCGCGAAGUGGAUUGUGGGUAGCGUAGUCCGACAGCGGAGAGAAGGACGAUACUCGUCGAGGGGGCAGCGGGUUCGCUCGAUACUACACGUCCCAGAACACAUUGCGGCAGUUGAGUUGUGUGUAUGUGAGGCAGCGACAGAGAGAGAGAGAUAGAGAGAGAGAGAGAGAGAGAGAGAGAGAGGAGAAGAUUUAGGAAUUGGUCUGCAGACUUGAGGCUGCGCUGUUACGAAAAAAUGGCCUAGUAGUCCAGCGUUUCCUCGAGCAUUUGUGUGUGUGUUUUGGACAAGACGCCACGCUACAUCUGACACCCCGCACGAGCAGCCGCAGCCGCCACAGCAGCCGUCCCGGGCUGCCCCUCCACCCCUACAGCCGACCCCACUAGCGGGAGCAAGAUGGACGCCUCGUUUGGCCCUACCUUCUCAGCCGUGGCUCCUGGAACUAAAGCAGAAGCAUCCAGCACCUACAAGCAGCACAGAAGAACUCCCUCCUCCUCCAGCACUCUGACCUACUCUCCCCGGGACGAUGACGAUGGAAUGCCUCCCAUCGGUACCCCUCGAAGGUCAGAUUCAGCCAUCUCAGUCCGAUCUCUGCAUUCCGAGUCCAACAUGUCUCUGCGCUCUACGUUCUCUCUGCAUGAAGAGGAGGAGGACACGGAGCCGCAGGUUUUUGCUGAACAGCCGUCAGUAAAACUGUGCUGCCAGCUGUGCUGUAAUGUCUUCAAGGACCCCGUCAUCACCACGUGUGGGCACACCUUCUGCAGACGAUGUGCCUUGACUUCAGGUGAGAACAAGUGCCCAGUGGAUGCAGCUAAGCUAACAGUUGUAGUGAACAACAUUGCAGUAGCCGAGCAGAUCGGAGAGCUGUUCAUUCACUGUAAAUACGGCUGCAGGGCCACAGCUAGCGCUGCAGGUGGGGCUGCAGCCUCCACCUCCACAGUGGCCGGGAAACCUGGAGCAUAUGAGGUGGACCCACUGGGCUGUCCGUUCACCAUCAAACUGUCCGCACGCAAAGAACACGAGGCCAGCUGUGAUUACAGGCCGGUCCGCUGCCCCAACAACCCCUCCUGCCCCCCACUGCUCACCAUGAACCUGGAGGCUCACCUCAAAGAAUGUGAGCACAUCAAAUGUCCACACUCUAAAUAUGGCUGCACGUUCAUUGGUAACCAGGACACGUAUGAAACACACUUGGAGGUGUGUAAAUUCGAAGGUCUGAAGGAGUUUCUGCAGCAGACUGAUGACAGAUUCCAUGAGAUGCAGCUAACUCUGGCCCAGAAGGAUCAAGACAUUGCCUUCCUGCGCUCUAUGUUGGGCAAACUUUCAGAGAAGUUAGAUCAGCUGGAGAAAAACCUGGAGCUUAAAUUUGACGUGUUGGACGAGAACCAGAGUAAACUGAGCGAAGACCUCAUGGAAUUUCGUAGAGAUGCCUCCAUGCUUAACGAUGAGUUGUCCCACAUCAAUGCCAGACUCAACAUGGGGAUCCUGGGCUCAUACGACCCGCAGCAGAUCUUCAAGUGUAAGGGCACAUUCGUUGGCCACCAGGGUCCUGUUUGGUGUCUGUGUGUCUACUCCACUGGAGACCUGCUCUUCUCUGGAUCCUCAGAUAAGACUAUCAAGGUAUGGGACACCUGCACCACCUACAAGUGUCAGAAAACCCUGGAGGGUCAUGAUGGCAUCGUGCUAGCGCUGUGUAUCCAGGGAAACAAGCUAUACAGUGGCUCUGCAGACUGCACCAUCAUCGUGUGGGACAUCCAGACCCUGCAGAAAGUCAAUACAAUCCGUGCCCAUGACAACCCUGUGUGCACAUUGGUCUCCUCCCACAACAUGUUGUUCAGCGGCUCCCUCAAGGCCAUUAAGGUGUGGGACAUCGUGGGUACGGAGCUGAAGCUGAAGAAGGAGCUGACUGGUCUGAAUCACUGGGUCAGAGCACUGGUUGCUUCCCAGAAUCACCUGUACAGUGGCUCAUAUCAGACCAUCAAGAUCUGGGACAUCCGUUCUCUGGACUGUGUUCACGUCCUGCAGACCAGUGGAGGCAGCGUCUACUCCAUCGCCGUCACUAACCACCACAUCGUCUGUGGAACUUAUGAAAACCUCAUCCAUGUGUGGGAUAUCGAGUCUAAGGAGCAGGUGCGGACCCUGACGGGUCACGUGGGAACGGUGUAUGCUCUUGCCGUCAUCUCCACCCCCGACCAGACCAAAGUGUUCAGCGCCUCCUACGACCGCUCGCUCAGGGUGUGGAGCAUGGACAACAUGAUCUGUACCCAGACCCUGCUGAGACAUCAGGGCAGUGUAACAGCUCUGGCCGUCUCUAGAGGACGUCUCUUCUCUGGAGCUGUCGACAGCACCGUCAAGGUGUGGACAUGCUGAGUGAACAGUCCUCUCUGUAGGAGUCCACUGGACUCCACACUACAAACGGUAACUUUCCCACAUGAUUUCCUCCUCCACACCGCCUCUUUGAUGUUGAUUUAGCGGCCACAGACCGCAGUGUAACCGCCACUUCACGAUCAAGCUGCAGCGGAAACUCCUUUAAUGCUUUUAAAACUUCAAACAAACACCCGGACCCGAUCGCCAAGAGUCGAAGACCAGCUCGGGGGGUCACGCUUCCUUAGUGACCUCAUCACCACUGCAUUAUGGGGCAAAAUAAGACGAGCUGCCUUACAGUUGCACCGCACUCUGCCAAAACCCAGAAAGACUGGACGCUGCAUCACCAUAACAAAGCAGGAAGCAGACUGUAGAUGGUCCCGCCUGCUUCCUGUGGACACAGCUGCCAAUUGAGAAGUGUACUGAUGAAGCCGCUGAUGCAUUUAGUCUUAGGCUGGUUUAACAAACAUGGAGACACACCACAAAUGGACAUGUUAUAUUUUCCCACCAGACUUCUUCAUCCUACCCACAAUUCCUCUGUCCACAUCAAAAAAUCAGCUGCUGGUGAGCAUCGGAUGUAUUUCUCAAAGACGUCUUAGUAAGAGACCGACUGUUACACACACUCCAGUGAGCAGUGACAGGAAAUGAUCAAAUGAGCUCAGCUUGGGCUCUUUCACGCCUCACCUGUUUGUCUCAGUUCAUUUAGCCUUGUGUUAAAGCUGUCAAUCAAACUUGGUGUGCACCAAAGAACUGUAUGGAGACCACCUGAUAAGGGAGGAGUCCAGAUGGACCGGUUCAUUUGACGUCCACAGAUAUGCGGUUGUAGCAAUUGGCUGAUGUUGGCCGAUCUGUUUCCUAAGUAACAAGAAACAGCAGCACAGAAACAAAUGUAACAGAUCCGUAUCAAGACAUUUUGUUUCUGUUUCUGUUGGAAUAAUCAUCCACCGGCUGUUUUGGUUUGAUUUUCCUUUUGCAUGAGAUGAUCAUCGCUCAGUCUGUAGAAACGAUGGUGACGUGUUUGUGUCGCCUGAUUUUGGAUUUUCCCUGAUACAGAACAGAAAACCAGAGUGUAUGUUCAGCAUGCAUGAAGAAGCGGCUCCACCACUCAGUGCGACGGCAGAGUACGCCUUUGUGUCACCCUGGUAGUUUUUCUAUAUAACUCCUGAUCAAGUUCAAGUCUCAGUUAAUAACAUUUAUAAUCAGGUAUUUCUUUUCUGAGCACAUAAAUAUUCAUGAGAAGCAUUAAACUGCUGCAUGAUCUGAUGAAGUCACUAGAAUUUGAUGGCCUCCAUAUAGCGCUGAUGUUGGUGAUGGAGGAUCAGUCAGUGAACCAGACUCGAGGUGUGAGUGAGCAGUGCCUGGGGAGACUGAGAAACACGAAGGAUCCUCAUCAGCAUCUGGAUAGAAGGAAGUAUUCCCGCACUCUGCAGACCAGCUCGUGUACUCAUAAUAACGCUGGCUGAGUAGUAUUCAAACGUUUCCAGUCCUCAGCAGGAGGAUGUCCAGAGGAAGAGGGUUUGUCUCUUAACGCCCCGUUUCAGACUCUGGAUGGAAGUGAUCACGAGGAUGUGGACGGACGCAGACGGUAACACAUUUCCUCCCUCCUCGUUCACCGUGGUGGAUCUCCGUGAAACCAGCCUUCCGAAACAAACCUUUUUAAUAAGCAAAGACCUUAACGAGACGACAGAGCUAUAGAUUUACUGAGUUUGUUUAUUAGUGCCAUGAUAGAGUUGUAUUCAGAGCCACUCAACGGUUGUACAGUUGUGUAAAAUAAGACAGUGCCGAGCCUGGACGUGCCCAUGAGAAUGACUCACGCUGGCCUACAUAACAAAGAGGGACAGGGAAAGAGGAAUAUGUGUGUGUGUGUGUGUGUUUCAUUGAGUGCCAUAUGUGUGGAUGAAAAGUAAGGAAAGACUGUGUCAUAAUGUGUCUCUUCUCCCCUCUUCCUGCCUCCCUGAACAGAACUGCAGAUUAAUACUGAUUGUUGUUUUUAUGACUGUAAUACUCGAUGGACUGAGAGUGAAGUCAAGCCAUUGAUUGUGUGUAAUUAACCUUCAAAUCUAAGAGCAGGCACAGAGAAAAGUGCCAUUGAGCUAAAGUGAAGCCUGCCCCCCUACGUGACGUUCGAGGACCCAUAUUGGGUUGAAAAUCUGCAAAGAAAAAAUGUUUUCAUUUCACGAAAUCUUGUACAUCCACACCAGAUGUAGACAGAUGUGCUAAAUUCAGUUUCCAGAAGGUCAGGAGUACUCUGCUUUCAUUUCAGAUCUGCAGAUCUGAACACUUCUCACUGUAGCCUUGGUAAGAAAAGAAGUGCCGAAGAGAGGAAGUGUCUUCACUGGUCACAUUUGAGUGAUUUUCUUGUAUACUUGUAAUCAUGUAAGCCUGAGUUGAUCGUUGAUCAAUAAAACUGUUGUACACUUUGA